AUGACUCGUAAGAAGAACAACACCCGUGCUCACCCAGCACCAGCACCCCCUCCCCCUCCGCACCCCCAGCCCAACAACAGCAACAACCCCCAAGCAGGCAUCUGGUUCCGCCAAUUCCACCCCUUCGUCUAUGACCCCACCGCAGGCCUCCUCUCAAACUUCACACGCCUCGCCGCCCAACGCAACUGGGGCCCCAAACUACGCCGACGUCGCUGGACUGAAUGCCAAGAAGAAGAGUUUGGUCAUGCGUUUGGGACGGAUACGAAUAAGUUGGCUGCUUGGCAGGAGUUGUGUCGAGAGGUGGGUAUUGUGGAGGAGGAGGUGCCGGGGAGUAUUAGGGGAUGUAGGACUAUUUUUGUCUCUCGAUCUUGGUGCUCACCCUACUACACCGUCAACGUCAAGAUGCUGAACACUCCUCGAGCCUGGUCUUUGCGGCAGUACACGAAGCAGUUCCCUGACCUCAUGCAGUCUGUUACAGAAAGCAACAACAAGACAGAGGAUCAGAAACAAGCCGAGGAGCUGAGGCGUCUGGCAGAGCGCAAAGCCAUUGACCGCGACUACAUCGACUACAUCAUCUCUAGCGAUGUCGACAAGCUUGCAAAGAACGGCGAAAACCGUGCUUCCCGCGAGGAGUUGCUUGCGAUGAUCACCCCCCGUUUCGAAGGCUACUACGACAUGUCCCUCGCGCUAGACCGCCUCUACGAAGCCCGCAUGCAAGACAACCUGCCCGGCUACCGCGACUUCGCCAGCAUCUCCCCCAUGCUAGUCAUCCGCGACAUGACUCUAGCCGCCGACCAAGAAGCCGAGCGUCAAACGACGGAGCACAAGCAGACGACUGAUGAACUGGCGUCCAUGCUCGACUUUUGCACCAAGGUUCACUUGACUACUGCAUCUGCUACGUUGAAGUUUCUGGAUGGCUUGGGCUUUGCGCAGGACCCCAAGAUCAAGAGCUUGAGGAGCAUGUUGGAGAAAUCGCAGCGUGCGCUGAUCGAUAAUCACAAGGCGUGUGUUGAGGCUGGUAUCUUGACCAAGGAGAACACCAAGAGCAAUGGCGCUUGA